AUGUCUACCACUACUUCUUCCACCACCUCAUCCGUGAGCCCAACCAGCACUGCCUGCGGUGGCAGUGUUUGGGAAAUUCCCACGACUGACGCAGCCUGUGCGGCCGUUAUUAGCGGGAACAUGACCGAUGUGAUGGAUGAUUGCUGCAAGAAUGCAAAGGUCUCCAAGUACGAUAACGACUGCGGCAUCUACUGUCUUGCCCAGGGCCAAGAUGUCAACAAGCUCCAGUCCUGCCUCACCAGCAAAAGUGGCAACUACCAGAACGUCUUCUGCAACGCCGCUCUCAAUGCGACCGCUACUGCCACGGCCACCGACUCCAAGUCCACCUCCUCGGGUACGAGCACCAAAUCAUCUACCACCUCGACUUCCACAAACGCUGCUAUUGUGAACCAGCCAAUCUCCAAAUCUGGUGUUGGACUUAUUGCCCUUCUUUUCGGAUCGACUUUGAUGGCUGUUAUUUCUUAA